CCCGGCGUUCGCGCUGCUCAGGCUGAAUGGCUGUCCCGCUGCUUCACACGCGCUUGUCUGGUGAUGUGGCGGCUGCCGCCUCUUCCACGCUGAAUGCGUCUCGGACUGGGCUUUCAGAUAUGCUUGCAUUAGAGAGUGAUUUCUUCAAUUCUCCCCCAAGAAAAACUGUUCGGUUUGGUGGAACUGUGACAGAAGUCUUACUGAAAUACAAAAAGGGUGAAACAAAUGACUUAGAGUUGCUGAAGAACCAGCUGUCUGAUCCUGAUAUAAAGGAUGACCAGAUCAUUAACUGGCUACUGGAAUUUCGUUCCUCUGUCAUGUAUUUGACAAAAGACUUUGAGCAACUUAUAAACAUCAUAUUGAGAUUGCCCUGGUUGAAUAGAAGUCAGACAGUGGUGGAGGAGUAUUUGGCUUUUCUUGGUAAUCUUGUGUCAGCACAGACUGUCUUCCUUAGACCAUGUCUCAGCAUGAUUGCUUCUCAUUUUGUACCUCCCCGAGUGAUUGUCAAGGAAGGUGGCAUAGAUGUUUCUGAUUCUGAUGACGAAGAUGACAAUCUUCCUGCAAAUUUUGACACAUGUCACAGAGCCUUGCAAAUAAUAACAAGAUAUGUCCCAUCGACACCAUGGUUUCUAAUGCCAAUAUUGGUAGACAAAUUCCCAUUUGUGAGGAAAUCAGAGAGAACACUGGAAUGCUAUGUUCAUAACUUAUUAAGAAUAAGCUUGUAUUUCCCAACUCUGAGGCGUGAAAUUCUGGAGCUUGUUAUUGAAAAGUUACUCAAGUUAGAUGUGAGCGUAUCACGGCAGGAUAUUGAAGAUGCUGAAGAGACAGCAGCUCAGACUUGUGGUGGGACAGAUACCACAGAAGGACUGUUUAAUAUGGAUGAAGAUGAGGACACUGACCCUGAGAAGAAAGCUGACCAGGAACGGCCUAGCCAGAUGGCCCAUCCUACUGCCGAGCGCCUGGACACCCUGCUUUCUUUGCUGCUGUCCUACAUUGAGGAUGUCUGCCGUGUGCAUGGUAAAAUUGAUAACAAUAAAACAAAAGAUUUAUACCGGGAUCUGAUAUCCAUCUUUGACAAACUUGUGUUGCCCACACAUGCCUCCUGCCAUGUACAGUUCUUCAUGUUUUUCCUUUGCAGCUUCAAAUUGGGAUUUGCAGAAGCAUUUUUGGAACAUCUCUGGAAAAAGUUGCAGGAUCCAAAUAACCCUGCCAUCAUCAGACAAGCUGCUGCGAAUUACAUGGGGAGCUUUUUAGCAAGAGCUAAAUUUAUUCCUCUUAUCACUGUGAAGUCGUGCCUGGAUCUUUUGGUUAACUGGCUGCAUAUGUACCUUAAUAACCAGGAUUCGGGAUCAAAGGCUUUCUGUGACGUUGCACUCCACGGACCGUUCUAUUCAGCCUGCCAGGCUGUGUUCUACACUUUUGUUUUUAGGCACAAGCAGCUUUUGAGUGGAAACUUGAAGGAAGGUCUGCGGUAUCUUCAGAGUCUAAAUUUUGAGCGCAUCGUGCUGAGCCAGCUGAAUCCACUGAAGAUCUGCCUGCCGUCUGUGGUUAAUUUCUUUGCUGCUAUCACAAAUAAAUACCAGCUCGUGUUCUGCUACACCAUCAUGGAGAGGAACAGUCGCCAGAUGCUCCCCGUCAUUCGAAGUACAGCUGGCGGAGACUCUGUGCAGACCUGCACCAACCCACUGGACACUUUCUUCCCCUUUGACCCUUGUGUGCUUAAGAGGUCAAAGAAGUUCAUCGAUCCUGUUUAUCAGAUUUGGGAAGACAUGAGUGCUGACGAGCUCCAGGAGUUUAGGAAGUCCACUAAAAAGGAGCUCGUAGAGGAUGAAGAUGAUGACUUUUUGAAAGGCGAAGUGCCCCAGAGUGACACAGUGACCGGCCUAACCCCGAGCUCCUAUGAUGCCCACUUACGAAGUCCCUCCAGUAGUGUGGGCUCCCCUCCUGUGCUGUACACGCCAGACCAGUCUCCUCAAGGAUCUGUGACUGAGCGUACUCUUCUCUCCAGGGCCCUGGGCCCCACUACUAACCCCACAUUGGACUAGUCUAUGUCUCACGUGUCCAGCUUCCAUGUUGGACUUUGGCCAUCAUCUGAAGGGACCCAGGUUUUGUAUGUUUGCAGUUGUUCCCUGUGGACAUAAGGAAAGAUUGAGUGUCAUGUGCAAUAUUUCACAGUGUACAUAGCAAUCUGUGCCUACAGUCUUUCAACUGCUGGCUGCAUGCCACGUCAGCCACGGCCUGGCAGGUGGCCUUCUGACAGGUUUCUUUUUAUUAGAACCAUAGUCACAUGACUUUGUUGGUCUUGUUUUGGUGAGAUAUCCUCCAGUAUCAGCCCUGCCUGUGAAUAUUUGUGACUGUACCCUGUUCACAGUGGUGUAAUGGUUUCCUUUUGGCUAGAAGUCUAUUUGUAACUGUAGGGUACACGGGGAGAUGCCGGGCAGAGGUGAAGCUGAACACUUGGGCCGGCUUCACCGAGGGAACACAAAGGACUGCAGAGAAGCCAGACAGGCAGAGAGCAUUCAGAGAAACACAGAAAGGCACUUGUGCAGGAUUCCACAUAAACCCAGCUGCAGUAACCAUAGCUCUGGCUGACUGAAGCGGGCCUGGGUAUCUAUCAACCAUUCCACAGCUUGCACAACACAGACUCAACCAGGAGAGCUGUUCUUAUACCAAACAGCCAGCCUUCCUUUGUGGCAGGUGUGUUCGAGGGCUGUGGAGGCUGCCUUCCCUUGGAUCCUUACAUGGUAACGUAUAUUUGUGAAAAUGACCCUUUAAGUAUAUUUAAUUUUUUGCCAUUUAUAUUUAUUUAAAGGCAAGCAAUAUUUUCUUGGUCACAAUAUUUUUUAAUGGAAUUCCUCUCAACAUUUAUAUACUCCUUUAUAAUGAGACUGAUGUAGAGCCCUGGGUUUCAGUCUGCCUAUGAAUGAAUACCUUUUUGAACAAAGAAAAUUUUAUUGCUUUAAAAAGCUUUCAUAUGAGGCAAGCAAAUCCCUGAAUUCCAGCCCAGCAUUGGUGGCAAGUCACUGGGAAACCUCGAGGUUCUGUCUUUCUUAUACUGUGUAGCCCUGGCUAUUCUGGAAAUGACUAUGUUGCUCAGGCUGGUCUUGAACUCACAGGUUUGCUUGUCUUCAACUCUGGAGUGCAGGGAGCUUGUGCCACCACUGCCCUGUUCAAGGUUAUUUUUUAACUGUUGACCGAAAGUGCAAUGAAAUUGCAUUCAUAGAUACUGAUGGGAUGUCAGAUUUGUUAUGUAGCUAGAAUGUAGCAGGUAUUUUGACAAAUAAGCCUCUUGGGUUACAAAGGUGUUUGAGGAGAAAAAAAAUCCAUUGGAAAAUGAAAGUACUGCCUAGCUCACCUGGGGCCUCCCUGCUCACACCAAUGCUGGCUUCAAUAAAGACUAGCCGUGCUUCCAUGA